AUGGCGACUGCCGCAUUCUCAGCGUCCACGUCCUCCUUCCGAGCGUCGCAAUCGGCGCCCUCUAGCUACAACUACGAGAACAGCCAUCUCACGCAAUUGCCAAAUGUCAACAUACCAUUCGAAGACUUGCGCAAGCGUAUGAAUGACUUCACACUACGCUUUGAUGCGUUCCUCGAACAAGGGCGUAAGCGCGUUCUGAACGAGCACAACGAUUUCAAGGCGAAACUAUCAGAAUUACAAGAUGAAAACAAACAAACCCGCACUACGAUAACCACCCUCUCCUCCCAACUCACGACCCAACAAAACCUCCUGUCCCGCGAACUAGCCGAAAAACAAGAGAUCCAAUCCUCUAUCUCCAACCUCGAAACGCGCCAAUCCUCCCAACAACAGCAACGCGACCGUCUGCGCCAGUCGAUCCAGCAGACUCAGCGCCAGAUCGAGAACAAGUUGGCCGCGCAGAGAGAGUACGCAGCGAAACAGGACUCUCAGUCUGCACUGAACGGGCCAGAAUUGGCGUGGUGGGAGACGUAUCUGGGCCUGAGAUUUGAAGGGGCGGGCGAUGAGAGUUUGGUCAAGGUCGUCUAUUUGUUCCCCGCAAAGACGGGUGGUGCGAAGUCUUCUGCAGCUGCAGAUGGCACGCGAGAAGCAGUGUUCGAGCUCAAGGUGCCUGACUCCGGGAGUCAGCCAUAUGAGGUUGUGGGCGUGAAGCCGAAGCUCGAUGGUGAUAGGGUUGAUAAGGUGGUGAGGAGGCUGAAUGAGACGAGGGAGAUAGGUGUGCUGUUGAAGGGAAUGAGGGUACUGUUUGCGGAGGAGAUGAAGUAG